AGCAAUUAAAUAUUGCCAUACUCACUUCAGACCCAGCACAAUGCUAGUCAGUGUCGUAAGUCACAGAGUGAGCAGCAUGUCUGACGCAGCAGAAAAUGGUAGCAGUGCAGCAGCAGCAGCAGGAGAAGCACCCGCCGCAGAGCUGGCACAGCUGGCGUUGGAGGAGACCGCACCGAAGGUGACCUUCUCGGAUCAGUUCAAGGCGUUCUCCAAGUUCGGUGAUAUCAAGUCGGACGGCAGGUCGAUAACGUUAUCGCAAAGUGAUAAGUGGAUGAAGCAGGCUAAGGUGAUCGAUAAACAGAUCACCACCACCGACACCGGCAUACACUUUAAGAAACUGAAGGCCAUGAAAGUGACGCUCCCCGACUACAAUAAAUUCCUCGAAGAUUUGGCCAAAACGAGAAAAGUGGAGCUGUCGGAAAUCAAGAAGAAAAUGGCCGGUUGUGGUGCACCCGGAGUGCAGCAGGUUUCGGCUGGCAAGGCUGCUGCCGCUGUGGAUCGUCUGACGGAUCCGAGCAAGUAUACCGGUUCCCAUAAGGAGCGCUUUGAUGCCGAUGGCAAGGGCAAGGGCAUUGCUGGACGACGCAAUCUGGUCGAUGGAUCGGGCUAUGUGAGUGGCUACCAGCACAAGGACACCUACGAUGGCGCCCAUUAAAAUAGAAUUAGCUCUCGCAACGUCUCCUCACAAACAUCCCUGUGUUUUGUCUCAUUCGUUUCCUGAUCUGUGUCUAAUUUAUUACCUGUUUUUCUAAUGGUAGCACUAGUUAUUUUCGUAUUUCCUUUCAUUUUCCUUGCUACAUAAACUAAGUUGUGUUUAAGUGCUUAAAAUAAAUUUACAUAAUUUAAA